AUGGAUGUUGAAGCUGGGUUUCCAUUUGAGACAAUCUCUGGGGAUCCAAGAGGAACUCUCCUUCCCAAAUGGUCAUGCAAUCUUGCACCAUGACUAUCCCAAGGAUGGCACAACACAUUUAGAUUGCAAAAGCAUAAAUUGCCCAGCCGGAGAGGGUGUUUCCUUGCUUUUUUUCUCUCCCUUUUGUGGAUCAUGUGGGUGAACGGUGACUCUUUCUGAGCAAUUAGGGCUUUGAAGCUACCAUAUAAAUAGUCCUCCACCUCCUAGGAUUCCUCACACUGCUUCACAGGUUGCCCUCUUGAAUCUCGGUCGUGCUUUGAGGCUUUGAGGCUUCUGUAGAACCUCCAAAGAUGGAAUAUCAACAGACCAAACAACCUUGCCUGCCUCCUCCUCAGAAGUGCUGCCCGCCUCCACAACAGCCCUGCUCCCCUCAGGAGAAGUGUUGCCCUCCUCCACAACAGGUCUGUCCCCCUCAGGAGAAGUGCUGCCCCCCUCCGCAGCAGCCCUGCUCCCCUCAAGAGAAGUGCUGUCCCCCUCCUCAGCAGGUCUGCUCUCCCCAAGAGAAGUGCUGUCCACCUCCACAGAAGGUCUUCCCUCCUCAAGAGAAGUGCUGCCCCCCUCCACAGCAGGUCUGCCCUCCUCAAGAGAAGUGCUGCCCCCCUCCACAGCAGGUCUGCCCUCCUCAAGAGAAGUGCUGCCCCCCUCCGCAACAGGUCUGCCCUCCUCAAGAAAAGUGCUGCCCGCCUCCUCAGCAAGAGUGCUGCCAAAAGAAAAUGUUCCCUCCAAAGUAAACCCAGGAUCACAAAUGUAGUGAAGAAUGAAGAGAGCACCUGCCGGAUGAAGGACUGACAAGAUGUAAUUUAGAAAAAAAGACACAGAGCACAUCCCAAGCAUUGGCUCAGUUUGCUUCCCUUUUGAUGUAGACAUCUUUAGAGUAAUGUCAUGCUCCCUCUGCAUGUAGCAUAUUUUGCAUUGGUGUAAAGAAAACCCUGGAAAUGAAGACAGGCAGUGGCUCAUAACAUGACGAUUCAUUUCAUCCCAUCAACAGCAGUGGACACUGGGCUGAUUCCUUGCAACCUGUCACCUCAAGGCUUAAUUCUGUGCAUCCAUUGUUAGCAAUGAAACCAAUUCAUGGUUGAAGAACCUCGGGUGAUAUGUGAAGUCCCAUUUUUGUCAAUGAGACCAAUGCCUGGUUGGGGAACCUUGUGUGAUAUGUGAAGUCCCAUUAUUGGCAAUGAAACCAAUGCCUGGUUGGGGAACCUUGGGUGAUAUGUGAAGUCCCAUUAUUGGCAAUGAAACCAAUGCCUGGUUGGGGAACCUUCCGUGAUAUGUGAAGUCCCAUUAUUGGCAAUGAAACCAAUGCCUGGUUGGGGAACCUCGGGUGAUCUGUGAAGUCCCAUCCGGAAUGCUUUGCAGGAGUGCUCUUCUUUGCAGUCUGCUUCUCCAUCUUGUAUUUUGAGAUGAAUCCAACAAUGCAGCCUUUGUUUGUGCUGCGGUCGCUCUUGUGAUAUUUUCCCUGCUGUGUCAAUGCACUGCUCUGAGCAUCACUUCUCUGCCUUAUUAAAAUGUGUAAUCAUA